AUGUCGAAAAAAGAAAAGACUGACCUCGACCCCGAGGCUAUCGCUCCGGCUCAAUUCCCCGGCGACCCAGUCCUAGCGGAGAAGGCAAUUGAACACGAUGCUGUCUUCGGUGAAAUCACAGAGUCCGGCCCGAACUAUCGAAAUGUGCGUGUGCUCUAA